AUGGCUUUUCAGACCUCCGCUCUGCCAUCAUUGAAGGUAGAACGUCCAGAAUUUCUCCGCGAUCUCCCAUCCUCCUUCUCCGCGCGCCUCGCUCCAUCAGCCGUUCCUCGACAUGCAUUCGAUAUCCAUCAUACGAUCUCUGCGAUGCCGAAAGGCACCAUGGCUGCCGCGAAUCCUAUAACCCGACGCAUGUUCAUGGCUCCACAGAACCGCCAGAUGUCUACUGCAUUUCAAUCCCGGCUGCAAACACCCGACACUUUGGUGAAAGCAUUCGUCAAUUCACAGCGCAGAGGUAUUUUCGGUAGCAGCAACAAUAAUUCAAGAAAUCUUUCAAAUCUCGAAGAAACUGCAAACAGGAACCCGACUAGCGCAACUGCUCAAAAUGCUUUCUACCAAGCCUUGCUGAAAGCUAACAUGCCCGCAAUUAUCGUUGAAAGAUACCAGACCAAUGCGUUCGCGUCGAAUGCCGCUUGCCAAAAUGCCUAUCACAGAGCAUUAGGUGCUGUCACUUCGGCGAACACUUCCGCCGCAGGGCAAACAGGCAAUAUGGGUGCUGUGAGCAACAACCAUUUGCAAGCCGUCGGUCAAGCCGUUGCUGCCCAAACCCAAGGUGGCAAUGUUUCCACAUCUACCAGAGGCACCGGUGGGGGCGCGAAAGAUGCUCCACUCCAUGUUGUUGUGGAAGAGACCAUUGGCGGAGUACUCUUCAAAUGGGUCAAGUUCCUCAUGUACUUUGGAUUGGUCACAUAUUUAUCUCUCGUCGUGGUUGCAUUGAUCCUUGAAACAUUCCAGUCUUUCAAGAAAGCUGGUGGAAAGACUGGGGACAACGAAGCCAAGGCAGAACACCAAAACGUCAGGUUCACCGACGUGCACGGAUGUGACGAGGCAAAGGACGAACUUCAAGAGCUCGUGGACUUUUUGAAGAACCCGGAAAAGUUUUCUACCCUUGGUGGCAAGCUUCCAAAAGGUGUCUUACUUGUUGGUCCUCCUGGUACUGGAAAAACACUUCUUGCUCGCGCUGUCGCUGGUGAGGCCGGGGUUCCAUUCUUUUUCAUGUCGGGAAGCGAAUUCGAUGAAAUCUACGUUGGUGUCGGUGCGAAGCGAGUUCGUGAGCUGUUUGCCGCUGCCAAGGGCAAAUCACCCGCAAUUGUGUUCAUCGACGAGCUUGAUGCUAUUGGAGGCAAGCGAAAUGCUCGAGAUGCUGCCUACGUCAAGCAGACUCUCAAUCAACUUCUUACCGAGCUUGACGGUUUUGAGCAGAACAGCGGUGUCAUCAUAUUAGCAGCCACUAACUUCCCCGAAAUGUUGGACAAAGCUUUGACUCGACCUGGUCGAUUCGAUCGCAAUGUUGUGGUCCCUCUUCCCGACGUUCGAGGUCGAAUGGCUAUUCUCCAACAUCACAUGAAGAAGAUCGUUACUGGUACUGACGUGAGUCUCGAAACACUGGCCCAAGGAACACCUGGCUUUUCGGGUGCUGAGCUCGAAAAUGUUAUAAACCAAGCAGCUGUGCAUGCUAGCAAGGCAAAGGCGAAGGCAGUUUCAAUGUUCGACUUCGAAUGGGCAAAAGACAAAGUGAUGAUGGGCGCCGAGAACAGGAGCAUGGUCAUCAAUCAAAAGGAGAAAGAAAUGACCGCGUAUCAUGAAGCUGGCCAUGCACUCUGUAUCAUGUUCACACCUGCAUCGGACAACCUUCACAAAAUCACCAUCAUGCCGCGUGGGAGAGCUCUUGGUAUGACAUCGCAUUUACCCGAGAUAGACAAAUACUCAUCGGGAAUGAACGAGUACGAGGCCAAGAUUGAUGUUUGCCUCGGAGGCAAAGUUGCCGAGGAGCUUAUCUACGGUCCGUCCAAGGUGACGAGUGGUUGUGCUUCAGAUCUGCAACAAGCGACACAAAUUGCAUAUGCAAUGGUCACACAGUGUGGCAUGUCGCCAGAACUAGGCAAUGUUGACCUUGCGUCCAACUACGAAAAGUUAUCUACAGGCACUAAGCAAAUAAUCGAGUCAGAAGUCCGCCGUCUCAUCGAAGAAGGCCGCGUCCGCGCCACAAAACUCCUCCAAAGCAAGCGCAAGGAAUUAGAUUACCUGGCCAAGGCAUUACUAGACUACGAAACCCUCAACAAGGAGGAGGCUUACAAGGUCAUCAAGGGCGAAAAGCUCGAUGGCAAGACGAUCAUGCCAAGUGGGAGCAUAAAGGUUCCUUCUGGGACCGGUAAUGGGCCUAUAGGUGGAGAUGAGCUACCGCCCAUUCCUGGCAGCGAGCCAGAGAAGCCGGAGAAAGAGCCACCUACCAGUGGUGGUGCGAUCGCGUAG